UGUAUGGUUACCAGACCAGCAAUGUAGCCUUCACCGCCAACUUGGUUAUUGGUAUUACCGGAACAUAUUUACGACAAUAGAAAUCAGGAAUUAUACUUGAGAAAGAAAAGGUAGCCAAAUCCAAAUUUGUUUUUUGAGAAAUCAAUAAUGGCAGCUUCUUCAUCUUCUAAAAUUUUAGCCGAGAAGGUGGCGACCGCCGUGCGCCGUCAAGCCCUAACCGUCACGGAUGCCGCAGCCACCAGAAUCCGUCAACUCUUACAGAAGCGACAGCGCCCUUUCCUCCGACUUGGCGUCAAGGCUCGUGGCUGCAAUGGCUUAUCCUACACGCUUAAUUAUGCAGAUGAAAAAGCAAAGUUUGAUGAGUUGGUUGAAGACAAAGGUGUUAAGGUACUGAUCGAUCCAAAGGCCUUGAUGCAUGUUAUAGGCACCAAGAUGGAUUUUGUAGAUGACAAACUCAGAUCUGAGUUCAUUUUUAUCAAUCCCAACUCAAAAGGACAGUGUGGCUGCGGUGAGUCCUUUAUGACAACAGGUAGUGCUGCUAAAUGAGGCUGUAGUUAAGGGUUAUAACAAACCCAAUGAUACCAGAUUCUUUUUUUUUUUUUUUCCAAAUUGUAACCAUAUGUACUUGAUGCUUGUAAAAACAACAUUGAUUAUCAUUUAUGAAUAACAAAGGAAAUUUCUGGUACACCAA